UGAAACUGUAAGUCGACCAAUAAUAACAAUACCAACUGAAUAUAUAUAUAUAUUUACAUAUAUCCUAUACACACACACACAUACACUCAUGUAGAUCUAAAUAACACUGCUGUAGCUAUCUCUCUCUCUUUCUCACUGGUUUUCCCCAGUCCUAAAUGGUGAGGUUUAUAUAUGCGUGAUUGUAUAUGUGUGUGUAGUCUGUUAGAGAGACACACACAAGACACGCAUAUAUAAAGGGCCAAUACAUACACAUCGUGUAUGUAUACGUGUGUGUGUGAAUGUCUCUCUCUCUCUCUCUAUAUAUAUAUAAUAUUAUAACGUUAUAAUAUAUAUCCAUAUACAUAGUAUGUGUAUAUACGCGCACACACACACAUAUAUAUAUAUAUAUAAAAAACCUAAUUCCUGAGUGUAUAUGUAUAGAUAUACACACACACACACACAUAUAAUGUCUAUGUACGACGUUCCAACGAUCAAGACACAGUUUCGCCUGCACCAGCUUGAAAGGACAACCUCUGCUCUAAAUCUCGUUUUAGCCAAUGUCUGAGUGAGGAUGUGUGCUAACUCUCAGCUAUGUCCCUCCAACAACUGCACACUACCUACAAGAAAUAUUUAAAGAAUCCUGAUUCACCAGCCUCUUCACACCGGGACCUGGUCAAUGUUGCCCAAACAUUGCUAAUUGAAGAUCGUCCCAGCAAACAUUUUGAUAAUAUUAUUAUGGACAUCCUCAUCGCCAAUGUGAAAUCUGGCAGUUUUGACGUAGAGAAAGCGUUGUUAGCUGUUAGUUACCUGGAACUCUAUGCGACCCUUUUGUAUCGAUACCCUUGGAAAACAGAAUACUGGACAAUUACACACCACUGUGGAUUCUACCGUACUAUGCUGGAUCCAUGUCUUAUAGGAGCUGAUAAAAUUCUUGAAAAAUUUGGUUAUCAAACCAUCCAUGGAGAGUCUUUUCAAUUAAAUGCAAAACCAGACUUGACAUGCCUUUUAAAAAUGAGCGUUCAGUGCCUGCUUGCUUACAGUGAGUACAAGAUCGUCUCAAAAGCUUGUGAAUCGGCCCAAUCAACAGACUACGAAACUGCUUUACUUAAGCAUCUGGAAAGUGGUGGAAGCAGCAAGCAAUUAGCGGAAAAACUGAGAUCAGAGUCUAACGAAGUACUAAGUAAAAGCACUGAUUCAAGUCUGUCCAGUGAGUACUCUCGGUGUUUACCAGAAUCGUACCAUGGUAGUGAUAGCAACAGUCCUUCGUUGGUCUCAAAACGAGCCCCUCCACCUUAUUCUUCUCAUACAAUUGAUAGAACUUUCUCUAAACCAAACAAAUACGAGAACUUUGAUAAAUAUUCUUACACAGUACAACACUCUCCCAAAAUACCAAUCAACAAUUUUUAUUCAUGUCACCGACAGGAACAGUUCCAAAUUCACAAAAACAAACGACCCCUAUGUUUACAGACAGACGGCUGUAGUGAUAAUGAAUAUUUACUCCAUACUUCAGCGCAGAACGUCUUUUCUGGUGCAAGUCCCAUCUAUGAAAAACAUGUCAGUUCUCCACCAUAUAUGGCGACAAACAAUUGCGUCAUGGACUCCAGUCUGGCCACGUCUCCUUACAAAAUAGAACCGACAUACCGGGACUCAGCGUAUGGCUCUACAUAUGAUGCACCUUCGUUGAAUAUUCAGUCACACAGCAGCAACAGCAGACCAAGACAACCAAUGGAACACUCUCUGGGGAAAACCUACGACGACUACAAUGGAUGUAGCAAAGCUUUCGAACGGAAUACACCGUCGCCGCAAUCUCCCGUUGCAGAUUUGACUAUGGACUAUCAGUCGAAACUAAAUUUCAGCAGCAACGACUCGCUUUCGUCAGAAAAUGAAUGGAGCUGUAGCAAAUGCACUGUAAAAAACCCCAGCAGUUUGACAGUGUGUUACCUUUGUGAAAAUAGUCGCUAUGCCAUUUCCAAUAUGGCCACCCAGCAAAUGAAUCACAAACAAAGUGGUGAAAGAGUGUGUGAAAACUGCACGUUAAAAAAUGCUGUUACUGCACGUAAAUGUUCUGCAUGUGGUCACCACUUCAAAGGUUAUCACACAUCUGUAUAAAAAAUAUUCUGUUUUAUCAAA